UUUCCCAUUUCUCAAUUCUCCCUCAAAUCUCUAUAAUAUAUACACACGCAUACAUAGUGUUAAAAACUAUAGAAAAGGAAGAGCUUUACACCAUUGAAAUCAAUGGCGACAGUACAGCAGCAACAACAAGAACAAGAACAACAGAUCAAAUCAACGGAGAAGAGAAAACCAGUGUUUGUGAAAGUGGACCAUUUAAAGCCAGGUAGCAAAGGCCAUACCUUAAUCGCUAAGGUCUUAUCUUCAAACAUGGUCCUUCAAAAAGGUCGAGCCGCUUCUCAACAUCUCCGUCAAACCCGAAUUGCAGAAUGCCUUAUCGGUGAUGAAACCGGCACUGUCCUCUUCACUGCUCGUAAUGAUCAAGUUGAGUUGAUGAAGCCAGGUAAUACCGUAAUUCUUCGUAAUGCAAAGAUAGAUAUGUUUAAAGGUUCAAUGAGGCUAGCUGUCGACAAAUGGGGUCGUAUUGAGGUCACCGAACCUGCUAACUUCGUCGUUAAAGACGACAACAAUCUCUCCCUUGUCGAGUACGAGUUGGUUAACGUUGUUGACGAAGUAGAGGCUGGUAUGAACACCAAUGACUAGAUCCCAAACGAGUUGUUACGAAGUUGGCCUAAUGAUUCUUUUUUCACAUAAUGUCGGUACGGAAAACAAGGUUUUCAUUGCGAAAAAGUGUCGGGUUUCGGUAUACAAAUCUUGCUUUGAUUUGCUAGUCUUUAUGCCAUUGUAUGUAUGAAGAAUACUAUUUCUCUUAUCUUGUGGUUAAAUUGCAUAGUUUUCAAUUCGUAUA